AUGGCCGCACACGCAGCCAGCGAGCUCUGGCAACUGUCCGCCGCCGAGGCCUCCCGCCUCCUCGCCGACCGCGAAAUCAGCAGUGUCGAGCUCACCGACGCCUGCCUGGAGCGCAUCGCGGCGGUGGACGACCGAAUUUCCGCCUACAUCACCGUCACCGCCGACCUUGCGCGCCAGCAGGCAACCGACGCCGACCGUCGCAUCGCCGCUGGCGACGCAUCUCCCCUCACCGGCGUCCCCAUGCAGAUCAAGGACCUGCUCUGCACCAACGGGAUCGCCACCACCUGCGCAUCGCGGAUGCUGGCGGAAUACAUCCCGGUGUAUGACGCAACCGCCGUGGCCCGGCUCCGGGAGCACGGCGCCGUCCUGCUGGGCAAGGGCAACAUGGACGAGUUCGGCAUGGGGUCCUCCACCGAGAACUCCGCCUUCUUCCCCACGCGCAAUCCCUGGGACACGGGACGCGUGCCCGGCGGCAGCAGCGGCGGCUCGGCGGCGGCGGUGUCGGCCGGUGCGGCGCCAUUCGCCCUCGGCACCGACACCGGAGGCAGCAUCCGCCAGCCGGCGUCGUUUUGCGGCGUCACCGGCCUGAAACCCACCUACGGCCGCGUCAGCCGCUACGGACUGGUGGCGUACGCAUCAUCGCUGGACCAGGUCGGCCCCAUCGCCCGCGAUGCCGCCGACUGCGCCCUGAUCCUGCAGUCCAUCGCCGGCCACGACUCCCGCGACGCCACGUCGCUGCCUGAUGCGGUGCCCGACUACUCCGCCGCGCUCACCGGCGACAUCUCCGGCCUGCGCCUGGGCGUACCCAGCGAAUAUUUCGCCGAAGGCAUGGACGCCGGUGUCCGCGCCGCCGUGACCGCUGCCAUCGACCAACUGGCCGCCCUGGGCGCGGAGAUCCGCGAGGUCUCGCUGCCCACCACCCAGUACGCCCUCGCCUGCUACUACAUCAUCGCCCCGUCCGAAUGCUCGGCCAACCUGGCCCGCUACGACGGCGUGAAGUACGGCUACUCCCACCAGGGCGACGGCGAUAUGUGGGAAGCCAUGGAGCGCACCCGCCAGCACGGCUUCGGGCCCGAGGUCAAGCGGCGCAUCAUGCUGGGCGCCUUCGCCCUGUCUUCCGGCUACUACGACGCCUAUUAUCACAAGGCCCAGCAGGUGCGCACGCUGAUCCGGCAGGACUUCGCCCACGUCUUCGAGGAGGUCGAUGCCCUGGCCGCUCCGGUGUCACCGGUGGUUGCCUUCCCCAUCGGCGAACGGACCGACGACCCGGUGCGCAUGUACCUGGUCGACGUCUACACCCUCCCCGUGAACAUGGCCGGCCUCCCUGCCAUGUCCGUCCCCUGCGGAUUCAGCAACGGCCUGCCAGUGGGUCUGCAAUUGAUCGGCCCGCACCUGUCCGAAGACCGCCUCCUCAACAUCGCGCACACCUACCAGCAGGCAACGGAGUGGCACCGGGAGCGGCCGGGGAUUUAG